CGGGGCGGCGGCGGCGGGGGGGGGGCGGCCCGCAGCGCCUUGCGCAGCACCGCACCGCCCUUCCCCCGACCCGCUCCCCGGAGGAGGCGGCCGGACCAGGAUGCCCAACGGCAAGAUGAGUGUGACCUCGUGGUUCCUGGUGAGCAGCAGCGGGACCCGCCACCGGCUCCCCCGGGAGAUGAUCUUCGUGGGCCGAGAUGACUGUGAACUCAUGCUGCAGUCCCGCAGUGUGGACAAACAGCACGCGGUGAUCAACUAUGACCGGGACAAGGACGAGCACUGGGUGAAGGACCUCGGCAGUCUGAAUGGGACUUUUGUGAACGACGCCCGCAUCCCGGACCAGAAGUACGUCACACUGAGGCUCAACGACGUGAUUCGCUUCGGCUACGAUUCCAACAUGUAUGUGCUGGAGCACAUUCAGCACAAGGUCCCGGAGGAGGCUCUGAAGCACGAGAAGUACACCAGCCAGCUGCAGAUGAGCCUCAGGGGACCGGCCUGUGGGAAGACGGGAGAGACGUCCCGGGAGUCCGGCCCCCUCGCGGAUGCCUCGCAAGCCAGGCUGGAGAAGGGAGAGAGGAAGCUCACCGCAGAGACGGCACCGCCAUACCGCACCCCGCUUUAUGGCCAACCCUCCUGGUGGGGCGAGGAUGAGGCCAACAGCAAGCUGGACGGGCCGGAGGACCGGCGGCCCGAUGACCCCUACCCAGAGAGAAUCAAGGAGGUGCCGCCGGGCGACGAGAUCAACGGCAACGUGCCGGGCUACCGGGACGACCCGACCUCGGCCCUGUACGCGUUGCGCCGGGAGCCCAGCUACUUCGAGAUCCCCACGAAGGAGUCCCAGCAGCCGCCGGAGACGCGGGUCCACGAGAUCCCCACCAAGGACGUGGUGGCCCCCGCGGUGCAGAGCCACGCCUCCUUCACCAUCGAGUUCGACGACGGCAGCCCGGGGAAGGUGAAGAUCAAAGACCACGUGACCAAGUUCUCGCUGCGGCAGAGGCGGCCGCCGGGCCGGGAGCCCGCUUCCGCCCACGUGCACGCGGAGGUGGUCUCCGCCGAGAGCAAGGUGGCCGACUGGCUGGUGCAGAACGAUCCCAGCCUGCUGCGGAGGCCCGCUCCCGGGGAGGAUGGCUACAGCACCAAGAGCGACCUCCCCAUCCACGCCAAGACGCUUAAAGGCCAUCGGCACGAAGAUGGAACACAGAGCGACUCGGAGGACCCGGUGGCCCCGAAGGCGGAGAAAGAUCAGGCGGGGGCGGGCCGUGAGGCUGGGGCCCCGGGGGCGGCGGACCAGCAGGCCCGGCGGCAGCGGCAGAUCCGGCGGGACCCCCAGGAGCUGCUCCACAACCAACAGGCCUUCGUCAUCGAGUUCUUUGACGAUGACACGCCCCGCAAGAAGCGCUCGCAGUCCUUCACGCACAACGGCCCCUCCGGCCCAGGCGAUCCGGAGCCCAGGGCCAGGGCCGACCGCCGCCGGCCGCCGGCCCCGGCCGGCCACGCCUCCGCCCCGCAGCGGGCCACGUCCCUCAAGCGGGAGAAGACGGAGGAGCGGCCGAGCGGCGCCUGGUCCCGGCCGCCGGCCAAGCCCUACGGCAGCGUCGGCCGCCGGUCCCGGGCCGCCCAGGAGUUUGCCGCCGAGUACCUCCGGGAGGCCGCCCGGACCAAUCAACCGGCUGGGGAGAGGCCUUCCGCCCCCCGCGCCGGGGGAGCCUCCUUCCCCCCAGCCGAGCCCCUUCCCCCCGAGGCCCCGCCUCCCACGCCGGCCACCGCCGACCCCAAGCUGGCCAAGGCGCGCAAGCAGGACGAGGACGACAGCCUGAGUGACGCGGGGACCUACACCAUUGAGACGGAGACUCAGGACAAGGAGGUGGAAGAUGCGCGGAAGAUGAUCGACCAGGUGUUCGGGGUGUUCGAGUCUCCCGACUUCUCCAGGAUCACAGCCGCGGCCUUCCGGCCCAUCAUCCGCGGGGAGAGGGAGGGCGCGAGCUCGCCCGAGGUCGGCGGGUACCCUAAAACGGCGCCGAUGCGGGACUUGGGCGGCCGGGCUGGGGGCAGCCCCCCCGUGGCAGACCCUCAGCAGGCCCUACCAGCGUCCGGCUCUCCGGGUAGUCAGAAGUGGGUGUCCAGGUGGGCCAGCCUGGCGGACAGCUAUGCAGAACCGGGCCCGGCCGGCCUGCUCUAUGAAGUGCACCAUUCCAGUAGCGGGGCGGAACCAGGAAGCACCACGUGCCCCCCGCCCCCAGAGCCGGAGCCCGCCCUACCUUCGAGGAUCCGCCGCCUUCUCCCACAGCUUCCACCCGGCGACAGGCCAGAGGCCCCGGCCCCAGGCCCCCUCCUCGGCCAGGACCCGUCGGCCGAAGUUCCCGGAAGGAACGUGGGGAGGCCGCCCCGCUCGGACGUGACCGUCAGCCCGGGCGAGAGGCCGCUGGGCCAGGAGGACCUGGACCCCGACAGCCUCAGCGACGCCAGCCGCUCUGACGAUGGCUUCUCUGAGCAGAGCGGGCUUCACCAGGAGGCGGGCAGGACCCCCGAGCCAGACUGGGCGUGCCGGAGCUCCAGCCCGGCCCCUGCCGCCAGGACGCCGGGUGCCCCGGGGAAUCUGGGCCGGCCGGGCGGAGACCCAGCCCCGACGUCUCUGCACGGCGGCGGCGAGGGUGGGGCCGCGACGCUCCCCGUGAGACCCUCCCCGCUGGGGGCCGGGGACUUGGGGCCCCGGGUGUCCCCCUGCUCUCUCGGCAGCGUGAAUGGCGCCGGGAAGCCCCUGGCCCGGGGUGGAAACGGCCCCUGCUCCAGCUCGUCGGGGAAAAUGCUCGUUUCGCUCCAGGCCAACCCGGGCCCGGGCGCCCAGGGGCCCAGGGACACCGCUGUAGCCACCACCCACUUCGCCCGGCAGAACAGCUUCACCAAGGAGCCGCCGGGCAGCGGGGCCCCCCACGUGGCCAGCCACCCGCUCCUCCGAGACCUGGAGGCGUCUCGGGCCCACCGCCUGGACCUCGGGCAGGACACCCACCUCAUCCUGAAGGAGACCGAGACGGCCCUGGCGGCCCUCGAGGCCAAGAUCCUCUCCCAGACCCAGCCGGAGGUGGCGGGCGGGGUCCCGGCCCCCCUCGAGGACUCCCUGUCCGGCGACUCCGACGUGGACACGGGCAGCACCGUCAGCCUGCGGAGCGGCAAGGACGGCGCUGGGCCGGGGCCCCGCCCCCAGCCAGGGGCGAGCGGGCCUCCGCGGGAGAAGCCGCUGCCCGGGCCGGCGACCCGGGACCCGGGGCCCCGGCCCAGUGCCCGCGAGAGGCUCUCGGAGAAGCGCCGGACCCCGCCGGCCGAGACGGGGGUCUCGGGGGACGGAAUCCGGCGCUUCCCGCUGAGACGCAGCAACGGGCCGCGGGGGUCGCAGGAGCUGACGGACGAUGAGCGGGGCCCCGGCGCCCCCUUCCCACCCGGCCCAGAGCCCGCCGACCCCCGGGCGGCCCCCCGCAGGAGGCCCGGCCCCCAGCCUCCGGCCAGGGAGGAGCAGAGCCGCGUGUCCGCCAACGUCCAGAAGGUGCAGCAGGUCCUCACCCGAUCCAACAGCCUGUCGGCCCCCCGGCCCACGCGGGCGUCGAAGCUGCGGCGGGCACGGCUGGGUGACGCCUCGGACACCGAGGCCGGGGAGACCGAGCGGGCGGGGCCCGAGGCCAAGCAGGCCACCGAAGCCAAGAAGUUGUCCCGGCUGGACAUCCUCGCCCUGCCCAGGAAACGGGCCGGCUCGUUCACCGUGCCCAGCGACUCGGAGGCAACGCCGCCCCGGGCCGGCUUCUCCGGCCGCAGCGUGGAGUCGUACGGCUCCGGCCGCAAGCCCACCAUGGCGGAGGCCCGAGCCGCGGCCCGGAAGACGGCGGCGGCGGCGGCGGCGACGGCGGCCACGACCUCCCCGAGGCAGCCGUUCAGCCGGACCCGGCCGGGGAGCGCCAGAUACUCCUCUUCUUCUUCCUCUAACAACACCCGGCGGAGGCAGCAGGGCUCGGAUUACACAUCCACCUCCGAGGAGGAGUUCGGCUCCACCCACAGCUCCCCCAAACACAAACGCUCCCUCACCUCCACAGCCACCCAGACCCCCCGGCGGCACGGCCCGAGCCGGCCGAAACGGCCCGGGAGGGAGACGGAUGAGGACGAGGACGAGGACGAGGCGGAUCCUUUCGGGUUCAUCGUGCAGACGGCCGAGAUCGCCGAGAUCGCCAGGCUGAGCCAGACUUUGGUGAAGGAUGUGGUCACCCUGGCCCGAGAGAUCCACGAUGUCGCCGGCGAUGGGGAGUCCCACAGCUCGCCCGGGGCGGGACCCAACGCCUCUCUCGGCUCCGUCCCCAGCACGCCGGCAUCCACCAUCUCUGCCAGAGAAGAGCUGGUCCAGCACAUCCCAGAAGCAAGCCUCAACUUCCAGAAGGUGCCCCCGGGCUCACUGGGCCUCAAGGAUUUCAACCAGAAUGUCAACGACAGCCAAGACGACAACCUCACCCGGAGGACCAGAGCAAGAAACCGAGAGGAGGUCAUCUUUGAUAACCUGAUGCUGAACCCCGUGUCCCAGCUGUCUCACACCAUCCGGGAAAACACCGAAAACCUCGCGGAGAAGAUGAAGAUCCUCUUUCAGAACACGGAAAGGACCUGGGAGGAGCUGGAGGCCAAACUCAACCUGGAGAAUGAAGUGCCCAUCCUGAAGACGUCCAAUAAGGAAAUCAGCUCCAUCCUGAAGGAACUGAGGCGGGUACAGAAACAACUCGAAGUGAUCAACGCCAUCGUCGACCCCAGCGGCAACUUGGAGGUGGUCGCCAGCAACCGAGCGUCCGCCGGGCUGACCCCGCCGGGCGGGGCCAGGACUGCCUACGGCCCGGCCUCCCCGGGGGAGGGGCCUCCUCUCCCCACGCCCACCAGGAUCUCCGCCCAGAGGUCGGACUGCGCGGCCUCCGGCCUCCUCGACCCCAGCUUCGGCCCGGACGGAGGGAGAUGCGGGCUGUGACCAGCUGUGGCCGUCCGGGCAUCUCCCGUGGUGUGUUUGUGUCCCGGGGGCCGCGGGGGGCCGUGGGGGUAGGGCGCAGCCCCGCCCGCGGCGCGGAGAUCGGCGCCGGUGGCGGGCGGGGGUGAGGGGAGGCUCCGCCAGACCUUGGUCACAGGUGGACACCGGGGCCUCACGCCUGGCCCUGGCAGAGCAGGUGCUCUUAGAGGGAGGGAGGGAGGGAGAUGGACAGCGUCUCCAGACAGUCGGCCGGUCAGUGCUUUGGGGUGGGGGUGGAACGCUCACCUUUCUCCCCUCUGUACUCCCCAGCUUGGAGCAUGUACCCAAACUCUCGCGUGUACACAUACACAACGCACGUACGACACACGCACCUCUCAUCACAUACACCCACAAACACCCUGACACGGAGAUGCACGGAGACCGCCCCCCGCCACACGCGUCCAGAGACACGUAGCCACCCGGAGAGCCCCAACCCCCAGCCCCUUCCCUUGCCCCGACCCCGGGAAGCCUGUGUCCCCGGCGUUGCCCCUGAUUCCCGUUCCAGCUUCGAUGCCACAACAGGCCGGCCACUGAGAGGUGCUGGUGGACGGGGGCUCCUCUGAGUGGUCUUCCCACCCCUGCCCCUCUUCUCUUUCGGAAGCGGCGCCCUCUUCUUUCCCUUGCCGGUGCUUGUGCCAAACUGCCCCGGGUUGCCCCCCCCCCACCUUCCCGGGGCUUUUAAGAAGGGAGAGAGUAGUUGAGGUGGCACUGGUUGGUGCUGAAUGGUCCUGGACAGCCUCCGGAGCUCAAAUUCAUUCACUCGUUCAAUAGUAUUUAUUGAGCGCUUACUAUGUGCAGAGCACUGUACUGAGCGCUUGGAAUGGACAAUUCGGCGAAGGUAGAGACGAUCCCUGCCCAGUGACGGGCUCGCAGUCUAAUGUCCAGGCGUGGGGAGCCCCCCCAAAUGGUACAGGAGCAAGCCCCUGCCCACCGAAGCAGCAUCUCCUGCUCCGCUGGGACCAGGCUGGAACCCCAGGGGACUGAAUCCUCACCCCACUCCCUGGGCAGCUGAGGGUCCUGGCCAAGUAAGGAGAGGGGUUGGGGAGGUCGGUCAGGGCUGAGAUUGGAACGGGGGAGGUGGUCCCGAGCCCUGGCACCGGCCUCCGGGCGCCCAACGUCAGGAAUACGGGUGUGGGAUUUCCGGGGAAGGCAUCUCUUUCCUCUCCUUUCACUGCGUACGCUCCGAGCCCUGUGUGGGCUUGAGUCCAGCCCUACAGUGCCGGGUCAUCUCCCCGCGCCGGCUCCCGAGGACCCCGGGGCCAGCCCGGCAUGGAGACGGAGUGAGUGUCCACCCGCAGGCCGGGCCUGCCAACCUGAGCCCCAUCUCUGAGGGACCCGCGGGGCUGGCCUGGCUAGGGAAGAGCCGGGCCCAGCCCUCUCUCUGAAUGACACCCUUAUCCUUGAGCCUGGCUUCUCCCAGGGUGGCGGUGGGGGGCAGUCCGUUACUGCCAUGGCCCCAACAGGAAACAGCGCUGUUGUUUAUUGAGGGUGGAUUUUGGGCUUGCCCCUCCCUGUGCAGGGGUAGACUCUUCUCCUCACCGCCCCGGGUUCCGCCCGAGACGUGGUGAGCCCACCCGUAGCCUCCCGGUCUCGGCGGCCUUCGCCCCCUCCACAGAGCUGCCCGCUGGCCUCGCCAACCCUGACGGCUGCCCCGGGUGUGAAUUAUCCUGCCCUGGGAGCAGACACUCUGGCGGUCCUAAGCCUCUCUCGGGACCUCAGUUUUCCCUGCAAAAUAAGUAACGAUCGUCAGUGUCUGAGUGACCGCUGUGUACAGAGCACUGUUUUCUCUGUCUUUUGCCUGCAGAACACCGUGUUUGGUGUCUUUUAGGCGAAGAGCGCUGAGCUGGGCAUCUUCCGGGAGCAGUGUGCUGUCCCGAGCACCCGAUUCAGCACAGACUGCUUGCGCUUAGUCCAGUGCUCUGCACAUAGUAAGCGCUCAAUAAAUACGAGUGAAGGAAUGAACGUGCAGAGCACUGAACUCGGUGCCUACCGUGUAGAGGGGGCGUACAUGCAGGUUGCUGUGCUCGGAUGCUGCAGUGACCACUUGGAAGUAAAAGUCACGGUUUCUGCAUUAGGAGCUAAUGGUCUCUCUGGCUCAUCCCUGCCUUCUGGGGCUGGUGGGGGUGGGAGGAGCUGGAUGGAGACAGGCGCCCUUCCCUGAACCGACAGCUGCCCACCACAUGCCAAAACCCCACAUCAUUUGCCCCCCUAAAUGUCCCGUGGGGCUAUAGGCCAGGGCCCAGUUUUCCCAUGGUCUGGUUGAAAUACGUUCUGGUCUCUUGUCCCAUCUUGGACGGGCCAGUGGGGGAGAGGAGGGAUUCUUCCUACUAAGGCUGGCACCAGCCUGGGAGGUGAGUUUGGGGGCCUGACUCCAAAAAUCCUCCCUGCUCUCCCGCUGACAUGGCCAUUCCCCACAGACCCAACGCCAAAGAGCAAAUUGUGAGAGUCCGCCCACCCCACCUCUCCUGGUACCCCCGUCCCCUCCCCCAAUGCCGAAAACGUGCCUGGGUGACCCCCCCAAGGGUGUCCCGAGAGAUGUGUGCGUGGGGCCGUGGGUGGCGGCGUGGAAAGUGUGUGUAAGUGUGUGUCUCUGUGCCUCAGUGGUGCCCUGAGCGAGGAGCCUCCAAGCAGUCGACCUCCGGCCCAACUCGCACACCCGGACCCGUCCCGGGACCCCCGUUUUGGGGUGGGCUGGGACCCUGGCGCUGGAGUCGAAUCGUAUGUCCCUCCCUGUGGCUGGGGCGGUCCCAGAGGGCACCCUAGGGGGGGCAGCACCCACCAGUGGAAGGAGAAGGAAGAAGCAACUUGGGACCCACCAAUGGGGGAGCCCCGGCCGGGGGCUUCGUUCCGCCCCUCUCGCCCACGGCUCGUGCGCUACCGCCGAGUGACCCCCAACCCCUCGCGGUCAUCUUUGCAAUAAACCAGUGAGGGAGCCGGUCGACCCUCACCGGCCCCUCUCCCCACCCCCAGCCCCGGCAGCCUUGGUGCGUCCCCUCCCCACCGUCCGCGCGGGCCCACCUCCGUGGCCGCUUGGCUGCGGACUGUGCCGGUCCGCCCCCUCUGACCCCAGACUCCCCCUCCCCCGGGGUCCCCGUCUGCAUGUGCCGCCGCUGAAUGCCCAGUCAGCUGGACCUGUUUGUGGAACUUGGGCCUGAUUUCUGACCUCUUGACCACCCCCCACCCCCAACACCUCCCACCAUCCCCCGCCAAAUGGGUGAAGAUAAUUGGGUGUUUCACGAAUCUUGCUUUCUCCACCCGGUUCGCUGAGUCUCCUCUUCCCCCCUCCCUAGUCACGAAUGGUGAUUGCUUCUGUUUGGAUCCUAGGCUGUAUCUGUAUGUACAUUUCGUUCCCAGCUGGUAUUGUGGAUGUCUUUCAGAAAUCGUUAUUUUAUAUAAUUUUAUCAUGAGGUUUGUCCAAUAAAUCAUUCUUUUAUCACACCCA